GUCAUCAACAUUCGCCAAGAAAGCAUGGCGAUGCCGCUGUCAAGUUGAAUAGGAUGCUCACAGCUUUCCAGUGUUUUCUGAACAUGUAAAGAGACUUUCAAACAUCCCCGGUGCUCUACGCUGCCGUCUACGUCAUCGUUUGCUCGUUUAUUUGAUUUUUUUUAUUCUCGUCAGCUGCUCACGAGCCAGUUAAACACCAAAAUGCACUCUGUGAAGGUCGGCUAUUUGGCUUCGGCUAUGUCGCGAGCUCUCUUCUCGAGUGGACUUUACUGUCGUGAGUUUAUUAAAGUGUCGUCUUGCUGCCGUGUUCGUGGGUCUGUUAGUCAGACUCGUUGCUGUCGAACAGCAGCCCCUCCAGAGGAGACGGUGAUCCGCGUUCCUCGCUACAUGCAGAGGCGCGUUGAAAGUGUCAAACAGACCCGAGGCCAGUACAAAAUCAACACCAUCAAAGCUGGCAAGCUCCUGAUCCAGGGCAAGAACCCCGAUCUGAACCAGUCUGCGGGAUUCACUCAGGGAAAGUUCGAGCAGCUGACUCUUUGCUCUAAAGGAUGGAAGCAUAACAAAUCAUUCGGUGACUACUUCACCAUCAACAACAUCAAGGCUGUCGCACCCUUUGUCGCUGAAAAUCCGGAUGAGGAUGCUGAACAGAAAGCAUCCGUGACUUUUAAUGACCUCCGCAUCUGCGAGGGGCUGGUUGAAGCUUUGGACAAUAUCAACAUUACCCAUCCCACCACUGUACAGCUGCAGACCAUCCCAAAGGUCAUGAAAGGUCUCAACGUCCUCUGUGCCGCGGAGACGGGCAGUGGGAAAACCCUGAGCUACCUCCUGCCUAUCAUUCACAGACUGCAGGCCGGUCAGGAAUCGGAGAUGUACGGCGAGGGCUCGCACAAGAUCGGCGCCGUGGUUCUCGUGCCUUCCAGAGAGCUGGCCGAGCAAGUGGCGGCUGUGUCCAGGACUUUGUGUGCUCCACUAGGUUUGACGACGAGUACCGUGGGUGGAGGUCGGGGUGUAGGACACAUCAAGGGGGUCUUUAAGAGGGAUCAUCCAGAUAUUUUAGUGGCCACGCCAGGUGCUCUGGUCAAGGCCCUGCGGAGACGCUGCGUGGACUUGAGUGAGCUGAGCUUCUUUGUGGUGGACGAGGCUGACACCAUGUUCGACCCCAGCUUCUCUGACAUGCUGGAGGACAUCCUGCUCCGCACAAACAUCGCCAGGGAUCCCAAGGAAACACGAGGCCCAGGCCAUAAAGCCCAGCUGCUGGUGGUGGGCGCCACCUUCCCCGGGGGUGUCGGGGAAGUGCUCAGCCAGGUGACAGACCUUGGCAGCAUGGUGGUUAUCAAGAGCAAGAUGCUGCACUACCUCAUGCCACACGUCAAACAGAUGUUCAUGAAGGUAAAAGGCACCGACAAGGUCCUGGAGCUCCACCAAGCCCUGAAGAUGCUCCAACAGGAAAAAGGAGGGGGUGCCGCUCUGGUGUUCUGCAACAAGUCCGCCACCGUCAACUGGCUGGGGUACUCGCUGGAGGAGUUGGGAGUGAAGCACGCACGUCUGCAAGGGGAGAUGCCCGCUGCCGUGCGUACAGGAAUCUUCCGAUCAUUUCAGAAGGGCCAGGUAGAUGUGUUGAUAUGCACAGACAUCGCCUCACGGGGCCUGGACACGUCCAGAGUGCGUCUGGUCGUCAACUACGACGCACCAGAGUCCCACACGGACUACAUCCACAGGGCAGGGAGAGUGGGGCGGGCGGGAGGGGUGGAGGAUGGGGAGGUGCUGAGCUUUGUCACUCAUCCGUGGGAUGUGGAGCUGGUGCAGAAGAUUGAGACUGCUGCACGUAGGAGAACUUGUUUGCCAGGGAUGGAAUCUGAUAUACAUGAGCCAAAACCCAAAGAGGUAGAGGUAGAGGUAGAGGCAAAGGAGUAGAGGGUAGAAGUGUUUUUGUUUUUUUUCAUGUUUGCAAGUGGUUGCAAAAUGUUGCUAUAUGUCAAACUCUAAAUGUACAAUUUGUUGGAAACUGAAUUACAGGGAGCUGUUUUUUUUGGCCCACAUUGACUUAAAAAAUAAUAUAUAUAUAUUUUUUUUACCCUACAGUCAUUCAAACAUUCCCAUCGGGGAUAAUUUGAAUUGUUUUGCCAAGCUAAGGCCUGUGACUUCACAGGAAAAUCCAUUCACAUAUUUUCUCUCCUUUUAUUUAUUUAAUCAAGCAAUUUGAAAAAGAAGGUGAUCUGUGAACAAUCUACUAGCUAGUUUCUCUGUAGAAAAAACAUGAUUUUCUUUAGCCUAACUCUAUUAUUGAAUGUGCAAAAAAACGUCAGCUUCUCCUUCCAAUGAGGGUAUAAAUUGGUUGGUUUGAAGUAAAUCUCAGUGAAACUGUAACAAAGUAAUGUGAUGACUGUGGAAAUCUUGUCAUAGAAGGAGCCAUUGCUGUAGACUGUUUUUUACACAUUUAUCAAAGUAUCAUACCCAGUAUGGAAUUGAAAUAAUAAAAAAUAUUAUUUCAAUUCCAUGCUGGGUUAUUGCAACAAAGCAUGAAAAAAAUGUAUUAUAUUUUGU